UAAAACUGGGGCACGGACUCCUCAACACGUUCGAAGCUCCAGUGGCUAAACCCAAACGAUCUCACGUAUGGCUGCGACAACCACUGCAUCAUGUCUUGGAGCAUCGAAGAUGUGAUGGCGAACUUGGUACUUUGCGUCGAUGGACACGUACAAUGGAACGAUGAGAUGCGCGACGAUGUCGCCAAUGCCUUGAGCACUUCCUCGAGCGCAGUGGAGCGUUCGGACCCGUCAAAGGACACCUCCAACUCGUUCAAGGAGCUCAGCUGCGCAAGCAGGAUCGUCCAUUCGGUGGAGUCGCGAACGACCGACGCCGGGAUGGCCAACUUUGUUAUUUGACGUGUCAGCGACGAGGCCCAUCCCAAUAUCGGCCGAUUCGUUGGUGCGGUCGGCGAUGGCUGGACGAGUCGAACAUGAACUUCGUGGGCAUGUGCCAUGACACUCUGCAACAGCGAUCGAGGCGCACGGGUACUGUGGACAGCCACGGUCGCUUCCACCGCACGCACAUGGUGCCUCAGAAGAGUGUCCAUGCUGUGGCGAAGCGUUGGUGCGUUCUCCAACUGGCUGGACAUCGCCAUGGCGACAGCGGAUUCUACUCGAAACCGAGGCCAGAGGUCGCGCGGGUCGAGCAGCAUUGCUUCAGCUAUUCGUUCAAAGUGGACGAGGUGUCCAAGUACGUGUGGCUGCGUUCGAAAUGCCGUCAAGUAGCUGAAAAAGUCGGCCGCAUUCGGAACGAACGUCGCGAUAUGUUGAAUCAAGUCUGGUGGAAGCUGCACAGAGGAGUUGCCGUGACCUGGCCCGUGGACUCGUUGCUUCUUUGCCAUGGAGCCUCGCUCGCGACUUUGGACAAUAAGCGGUCGGGCACCCCUUCACAUGCGAGUAUCUGUCGUCCACGUGCAUACCAACAUUCAACAUCUCUGUCUGUACAGUGCCGCGAUGCCAUCGGAUUGCUCGAGCUCGACCGGCUACUUGGACAGCAAGAAGAGCUCGAAGAGGUCGUGCCAAGCAGGCCCAGUCCGUCCGUGUGCGCUUGACCGCGCGACGUGGCGCGUGCUGGCAA